AUGGCAUCUCCUCAAGAUACUGUCGCCUUUAUUGGCAUCGGCGUCAUGGGCUACUCCAUGGCUGUCAACCUCCGCGCCAAACUCCCCUCCAGCUCGACGCUGCUGAUCUGCGACGUCUCCGAGGCCGCCCUGAAGAAGUUCCAGGCCGAAAACUCCUCCAACGGCCCCAUCGAGGUCGUGUCCAACGGUCACGAGGCGAUCAAGCGAGCAAACACAGUCAUAACCAUGCUCCCCACGGCGGCGUCGGUAGAGAAAGUGUACCUAGACCCGACUACGGGAGUGAUUCCAGGGGCCAUUGAGGUCUCCAAGAACGGAAGCCCCCAGAAAAAACUGAUAAUGGAGUGUGGCACGAUCGAAACGGCCACCAUUUUAAAAGUCGCGGCCGCCGCGAAGGACGCCGCCUCGAAACUCGCCCCAGGAGCCACACUCGACUUUGUCGACGCGCCCGUCAGCGGCGGACCCAUGGGCGCCGAGGCCGGGACCUUGACCUUCAUGGUCGGUGCCUCGACCAAGGACGCAUUCGAGCGCGCCAAGGAGUACCUGCAACAUAUGGGUAAGAAAGAUAGUAUAUUCCACUGCGGUGACGUCGGGGCCGGCACCGCCUUUAAAGUCAUCAAUAACUACCUGUCCGCGAUCACCAGUCUCGCCGCGAGCGAAGCUCUCAACAUCGGCUCCAAGAUGGGCUUGGAUCUGAAACUGCUCACCGAUGUGAUCAACGUCAGCGGCGGACAAUGCUGGGUCACGUCCCAGUCCAACCCAGUGCCCGGAAUCCACGCCAACGCCCCCGCAAGUCGAGGCUACGAGGGGGGCUUCCGGAUCGAACUGUGCAAGCACGUGCUGGAGAUGGGCUCGUCGUUAGCCGAGAUGGUCGGCGCGAGGACCAUCCUGGAUAAACCCACUUUGGGGGCGUUCGAUGAGGCUAUGGCGGACCCGAGAUAUAAGGGCAAAGAUGCUCGUGUGGUUUAUAAGUGGCUGAACGACCAGGGACGGUCAGAAAAGGAGGCCAACGGGGACAAGAAAUGA